AUGGUUGAAGGCUCGAUUCUUGAGUUGGAAAAGAUCAUAAUCGAAACAAUCGACGACGUUUUCAUCGACCUGCCGACUCGAAAUUUCGCCGAAUUCAUGAUCAUCCUCGCCCGCCGAAAAACCGGAGAAAACAAGAUCAGAGUUUUGUUCGAAGAAUACGACUCUGAUGGAAGUGGAUCUGUUCAAAAAGAAGAGAUCAAAAAGUGGCUGGAUCAACACGGAAAACCAGUUUCAAAAGCUCAAGCUGGCAAGAUUUCCGACGCAAUGGACGUUUCUGGAGACGAUAGAAUUUCGUAUGAAGAAUUUUUGACGAUGAUCGCGGCGAGACUCCUUGUUUUGAAUCUGCAAUAA